AUGUAUAGCAUGAUGAUGGAAACUGACCUCCAUUCCCCCGGCCCCCAAACGAACACGACCACGGGGCAAACGGGGCCGAACAGCGGGUCCAAAGCGAAUCAGGAGCGGGUGAAGAGACCGAUGAACGCGUUCAUGGUGUGGUCCCGUGGGCAGCGGAGAAAGAUGGCACAGGAGAACCCCAAAAUGCACAACUCUGAGAUCAGCAAACGGCUGGGCGCCGAGUGGAAGGUGAUGUCCGAGGCUGAGAAGCGACCUUUCAUCGACGAGGCAAAACGGUUGCGAGCCAUGCACAUGAAGGAGCAUCCGGAUUACAAGUACCGGCCAAGAAGGAAGACCAAGACGCUGCUGAAAAAGGACAAAUAUUCCCUUGCCGGUGGACUGCUUUCUGGGCCCAGUGGGGGCGGUGGAGUUGGUUUAGGAGUCGGGAUGAGUUCAUCCGGGGUCGGGCAGAGGUUAGAGAGCCCCGGGGGUCACGGAGGCUCCGCCAGCUCCGGCUACGCGCACAUGAACGGCUGGGCGAACGGUGCGUACUCGGGGCAGGUGGCUGCUGCCGCGGCGGCCGCGGCGAUGAUGCAGGAGGCGCAGCUCGCCUACAGCCAGCACCCGGGGAGCGGAGCGCACCACCACCACCACUCACACCACCAUCACUCACACAACCCCCAGCCCAUGCACCGCUACGACAUGACAGCGCUGCAGUACAGCCCCAUCUCGAACUCUCAGAGCUACAUGAACGCUUCUCCAUCCGGCUACGGCGGGAUCACCUACACACAGCACCAGGGCUCCGGCGUCUCCUCCUCAGCUGCCAUGGGGACGUUAGGGUCGCUGGUGAAGUCGGAGCCGAGUGUAAGCCCUCCCGUCAGCAGCACACACUCACGGGGUCCUUGCCCCGGAGACUUGAGAGAGAUGAUAAGCAUGUAUUUACCGACCGGAGAGCCGGGGGACCCGUCAAUGCAAAGUAGACUCCAUGCCCUGCCGCAGCAUUACCAGAGCGCCACGGCUGGAGUGAACGGGACGGUCCCUCUAACACACAUUUAG